AUGGGAUUUCUAGGUGUGUACACAACGAUUUACGAUUAUGAACCACGAGCCGAAGGCGAGCUGGCCAUUGCCGAAGGUGAUGUGCUCUAUGUACUGGAGAAGGGUGAAGAUGAUGGAUGGUGGAAGGCCAAGAAAAAGGCUGGUGCGGAGGAUGAAGAUGAGCCGGUUGGUUUAGUACCAAAUAAUUACGUGGAGGAGGCUCCGAUUGUCAGCCAUGCCCGCGCUAUUUACGAAUAUACCCGCCAGACAGAUGAAGAACUUUCUUUUCCCGAAGAAGCCGUACUGCAAGUGUUCGACACGUCCGACCCUGACUGGAUACUUGUUGGUCUUGACGGCGAGUAUGGGUUCGUUCCAUCAAACUACAUUGAAAUGCAAGAAGAGAGCACAACCCAAGACUCUCUAAGCUUGCCUGCGCCACCCGCAUUGCCAGUAAGGCCGCAUUCGGUUGCCGCACCGAAAGAAUCACCGUCCAACACAACUUCAUCCCUAUCGACAUCGGCGGCUGCUUUAGCAACCGUUAUUCAAGGAAAAGCCGGGGCGUCGACGCAGAACCCAUCCUCACCGCCUACACAACAGCCGACAGGACACCAGACGCAACAUGACGAGUCUCGCCCGUCAGAGGAUCGUGAGGAUAACCCCGAGCCUCGUUCUCCGGCGUUGCCUUCCCGUCCCCGACCCACAAGCACAAUUGAUCACGCCCCUGAGCGCUCAUCUUCUCGACUGGAGGCACGCGAGGCUCAGCUGACAGAGGAACCAUAUCGAACACCUGGGGGGUUCCACAUGUACAAUAUCAAUGAAAUGGUGUCUGUGAUGGGCAAACGGAAGAAGAUGCCUACAACCUUGGGCAUUAAUUUAGGCACAGGCACGAUUCUCAUUGCUCCUGAACGUGCUGAAGACGACCCUCCACAAGAGUGGACUGCAGAAAGGAUGACGCAUUACUCCAGGGAAGGCAAGCACGUUUUCAUGGAACUCGUCCGUCCCAGUAAAAGCAUUGACUUCCACGCUGGCGCCAAAGAUACAGCGGAAGAAAUUGUGGCAGCUCUAGGAGAACUCUCUGGUGCAGUGCGUGCUGAAGGUUUACGAGAGGUUAUUAUGGCGAGCUCGCAACGCAGACAACGCAAAGGACAUGUUCUGUACGAUUUUAUGGCACAGGGGGAUGAUGAAGUUACUGUUGCAGCCGGUGAUGACGUUGUAAUCAUUGAUGAUUCCAAGAGUGAAGAUUGGUGGCAGGUCCGACGAGUGAAGAAUGGCAAAGAAGGCGUCGUACCCAGCAGCUAUAUCGAAAUAUCCGGAACUAUAUCUCCACCGCCUUCAAGCAAUUCCGGGAUCGACUCUGCUAGGGCAACUGUAGAGCAAAACCGGCUCGAAGAGAUCAGGUUAACCAAAGAGGCCAUAAGAGCAAGCAAGGAGCCUCAGCAGGUAGGGCAUGGGACGCCUCUCCCUGAAAGAGGUAGCAGCCUUAUAGCCGGAGAAAAUGAGCCUGACACUUCCAAGUUACGAACAUGGACCGAUAGAUCAGGUUCCUUCAGCGUUGAGGCACAGUUUCUCGGGCUCAAAGACGGGAAGAUUCACUUACAUAAAAUGAACGGAGUCAAAAUUGCGGUUCCGAUUGCGAAGAUGUCACGCGAGGAUCUGGAGUACGUUGAGAAUGUAACUGGCAUUUCUUUGGAUGACGACAAACCAUUAGCGGAUGUUAAAAGGACGAAAUUGAUGGACAGGCGGCCUGCCGAGGUCGGCGCGUCAGUUAGCAAGAAUCCCAAGCCAGAGUAUGACUGGUUUCAAUUUUUUCUUUCUUGCGACGUUCCAGUUGGAUUAUGCGAACGAUACGCCCAAGCCUUUACAAAGGAUUCCAUGGAUGAAAGUGUACUUCCCGACGUUAACGCCACCAUCCUUCGGACGCUCGGUCUGAGGGAAGGAGACAUAAUCAAAGUCAUGCGCACAUUAGACACAAAGUUUGGCCGCGAGCGUAACGUUCAAGACCCCGAAGCAAAUGCCGGGGGGCUCUUCUCUGGCCCGGGCGGGGCUCUUCGAAACAAUACUAGAAAGGGACGACCUGCGCCGGCGGUGCAAACAAGCGACGUGGUAGAUGCUGCUGCCUUCUCCAAGGAUGACGUUGGAUUGCCUGGUCCUAGUUCUAAGAAUGCUGCAUCUCCUUCUGGGACUAGCCCUACCAGAACUGACAACCAAAAAAGUGGUUUUGAUGAUGAUGCCUGGGACGUGAAGCCCAGUAGUAUUCCUGCAGGCACCACAGACAAACCAGCAAAGCCUCUUGCUGCAGCACCUGCAAUGCAGCCAACAACAGCCUCAAACUCAGCUAUUGCGCUGGCUGGCUCAAUGAAGGAGUUGUCGCUAUUGACAGAGCCCCUUCAGCCAAGCAAGGUGGAAGCAGUAUCUGCUGCAGAGCCACGCCAACCAGGAGAGCAGCAGGAGGAAUCGUCAGUACGGAAUCUUCCUAGCGUGAGUCCGGCAUUUUUCUCAAAUGUGCCCAGCUCUAACAGAACCGGCCCUCUUGCCUCGCAAGCUAUUGCUGGGAUAUCUCCAAAGCCUGUUGCGAGACAGCGACCUGCACCCCCAUCAAUAUCACCAAGCCAGACCUCUUUGGUGUCGCCGCCACCGCAAAGGCCGUUAUCAGCACCUCACUCGGCCCAGUCAGUUACUUUCCCGCCUCCAGCCUUGGCACCUCAGAUGACUAGCUCUGUUCAAGGACAAGUAGCACCUCCAGGCCAAAGCCUCGGCGAUAUUGCCCAAGCCAGGUUCCAACAACAGUACACCUCCCAGUUUCAACAGUUACAGCCUGCAAUGAAUAGCUAUAUCAGCGUCCAGCCGCCGGGCAUAACAUCCUUCUCCGCCGGCAUUCCAGGGCAGCAACCAUUUAUGCAUUCUAUGAUGACAGGCGUUUCUGGGAAUCUCAAUCGGCAAGCUCAAUUUGCGCCAAUUCAAACGCAACCGACAGGGUACCAAGCAUCAUUCCCAUCUUCAAUUUCCGGAUUUCCACAAGUAUGGCAGGUGGCAGUAGCUUCUCCCAACCAUUGCAGCCACAAAAAACAGGGCCUCCGCCUCCGGUUCGCUUCGGAAUCUCUUCAGAUCCGAAAAAGCUCACCCCCCACCAAACUGGUAGACGAGCUAACUUAUCUCAAGCAAUGCUGGUCCCUGGAGCAGCUCAUUCAGCCAGAUCAUGCCAGAAAACCGCAACAGACCAAGUAA